CCCUCCUGGCUUCCAUACAUCCCGAUGUUUUUACCACCUGAUGCCGGCUAGCAGGCUAGCAGCUAGCAGCGACCGCAGGUCUGAGGCAGCGGGACAGCGACUCGGUGUCAGCGGACUCUGAUAGCAUCCACUCGCUCCCGAGACCCCCUCCCCCCCACCCGGUCUCCAUCUGUGCCCUUUGGACCAUUCUCCGCACUCCGCUUUUAUCUGUACGACUUUUGCCCCGUUUAUCCGCUCGCCUGUUAGCGGCCAUAAAGCGGCUCCUCUCCGCGCAGCGGCGGACAGCAGCGGGAUGAGCCAUGGCGUCGGUCCGGGUGGCUGUGCGGGUCCGGCCCAUGAACAGGCGGGAGAAGGAUCUGAUGGCAAAGUGCAUCAUCGAGAUGGAAGGAACCAAAACCUCCAUCACCAACCUGAAGAUCUCCGAUGGCGUCCUCGGCGACUCGGUGAGGGAGCACACCAAAACCUUCACGUACGACUUCUCCUACGACUCGAUGGACUGUAAGAGCGCCACCUUCGUCUCUCAGGAAAAGGUUUUCAAAGAUUUGGGCUCCGACGUGCUGAAGGCGGCGUUCGAGGGCUACAACGCCUGCGUCUUCGCCUACGGUCAGACGGGCUCCGGGAAGUCCUACACCAUGAUGGGAGCGCCGGGCGACGCCGGCCUGAUCCCGAGGAUCUGUGAGGGUUUGUUCAGUCGGAUCUCGGAGGCCACUCGAUGGGACGAAGCUUCGUUUCGCACAGAAGUCAGCUACCUGGAGAUCUACAACGAGAGGGUCAGAGACCUGCUGAGGAGGAAGUCCACUCAGACCUACAACCUGAGGGUCAGGGAGCACCCGAAAGGCGGGCCCUACGUGGAAGAUCUGUCCAAACACCUGGUGCAGAACUACGGCGACGUGGAGGAGCUGAUGGAGGCCGGAAACAUCAACCGCACCACCGCCAGCACCGGCAUGAACGAUGUCAGCAGCCGCUCACACGCCAUCUUCACCAUCAACUUCACACAGGCCAAGUUCGAUGCCGAGAUGCCCAGCGAAACCCUCAGUAAGAUCCACCUGGUCGAUCUGGCCGGCAGCGAGCGAGCCGACGCCACUGGAGCCACCGGCGUCCGACUGAAGGAGGGCGGGAACAUCAACAAGUCGCUGGUCACCCUGGGCAACGUCAUCUCUGCUUUAGCCGACAUGUCGCAGGGCGGCGUGAACACCAACCUGAAGAAGAAGUCGGUGUUCGUUCCCUACAGAGACUCGGUGCUGACGUGGCUGCUGAAGGACAGCCUGGGCGGAAACUCCAAGACCAUCAUGAUCGCCACCAUUUCUCCCGCCGACGUAAAUUACGGCGAGACGCUCAGCACUCUGCGCUACGCCAACCGAGCCAAGAACAUCAUCAACAAACCCACCAUCAACGAGGACGCCAACGUCAGGCUGAUCCGAGAACUGCGGGCUGAAAUCGCCCGGCUCAAAGCUCUGUUGGUCCAGGGCAACCAGAUCGCUCUGCUGGACUCGCCCACCGCUCUGAGCAUGGAGGAGAAGCUGCACCAGAAUGAAGCCCGGGUCUUGGAGCUGACUAAAGAGUGGACCAACAAAUGGAACGAGACUCAAAACAUCCUCAAGGAGGAGACGCUCGCUCUGAGGAAAGAGGGCAUCGGCGUGGUGCUGGACUCCGAGCUACCUCACCUCAUCGGCAUCGACGACGACCUCCUCAGCACCGGCAUCAUCCUCUACCAUUUAAAGGAGGGGCGGACCUACGUGGGCAGAGAGGACGCGUCCACAGAGCAGGACAUCAUCCUGCACGGUCUGGACCUGGAGAGCGAGCACUGCAUGUUUGAGAACCAGAACGGGACGGUGACUCUGGUGCCGCUCGCCGGAGCUCAGUGUUCGGUCAACGGAGUCCAGGUGACGGCGCCGUCGCAGCUCAACCAGGGCGCCGUCAUUCUGCUCGGCAGGACCAACAUGUUUCGCUUCAACCAUCCGAAGGAGGCGGCCAAGCUGCGGGAGAAACGAAAGAGUGGCCUUCUCUCCACGUUCAGCCUCUCCAUGACCGAUCUGUCCAAGUCCUGCGAGAACCUCUCCACUGUGAUGCUGUACAACCCCGGUCUCUUCACUGAGAAGGGCCCCGUCUUCCUCAGGUUGGAGUUUGAGCGACAGCAGCGAGAAGAGCUGGAGAAGCUGGAGAUGAAGAGGAGGCUGAUCAAAGAGAUGGAGGCCAAGCAGCAGAGCGAGAAGGUGGAGCUGGAGCGCCUCCAGCAGGAGGUGGAGAGUCAGCGCAAGGAGUCCGAGGAGGUGCAGCAGCGGAUCCUCCGCCAGGAGGAGAGCCUCCACCGCCGCAGCCAGGACAUCGAGAGCCGGCUGCGAGACUUCCUGGCUGAGAAGGAGCGCUUCGAGGAGGAGAGGCGCUCCGAGAUCAAUGAGGUGGAUCUCCAGCGGAGGCGACGGCGGAAGGAGCCGCAGGAGCACGAGGCAGACCGUGCGGAGGAGCAGGACGAGCAGCAGCGGAGGCACCAGGAGGCGGCAGAGCAGACGGAGAUCUACCGCGAGCUGGAGCGGCUGAAGAGGGAGCGCGAGGAGCAGCGGGUGCGUCUGGAGACGGAGCGGCGGCGGCUGGAGGAGCAAGAGCGCGAGCAGCUGAGUCUGGUGGGGCGGCUGGAGGAGCAGCUGAGGGAGAAACACGAAGCUGCCACCGCCCUGCUGACCCGGGAGGACGCCCGCCGCCUGGAGGAGGAGCAGCAGGCGCUGACAGAGAUCAGAGAAGCCCUCCUCUGCGCCAAAGAGGCCGCCGAGCGGCCGGACGUGGAGGAUGCUGGCGAGGAGGCGUGGGCCGCCCAGAGCCGCUACGCCGACUUCAAGGCGGCUCAGGUGAAGGAGCUGGACCUGCUGGAGGAGGGGCUGCGGCAGCAAAGGGAGCGCCUGGAGAAGGAGGUUGCCGCCGAGCGUGGCGCCCUGCUGCUCCUCACCCACGGCCUGAGAGAGCGCCAGCAGCACCUGAAGGAGACGCAGGAGAAGGGAGCGCAGGAAGCCACCGCUGUCUGCCACGAGGAGCAGCUCCUCCGACAGGCGGAGCACAGGCUGCAGCUGAAGGAGCGACAGCUCGCCAACCUUGCCAACGGCCUCCUCCCCGCCCUCGCUGAGGAGAAGCAGAGAGCGUCGGAGCUGCUGGAGCGCAGCGGCGGCGGCGGCAACGGGAACUGCGACCGAUCUCCGGGGCUCGACAACACGCUGUUCCAGGUGGAGAAGGAGCUGGAGGACAAAGAGGAGAAGCUGAGCCUCCAUUGGCACAGCGCCCGGCAGCUCCAGCAGCUCCAGGAGACCUACGAGUUCACGGCCAACGUGGCGCGGCAGGAGGAGAAGGUGAGGAGGAAGGAGAAGGAGAUCCUGGAGUCAAAGGAGAAGCAGCAGAGGGAGGCGAUGGAGCAGGCCGUGGCCCGGCUGGAGAGGAGGCACUCCGCCCUGAGGCGAAGCGUCUCCCUCGAGCCCGACUCCGAGGAGCAGAGGAGCAAGAGCUCUGUCGCCAGGACCCCCAGGACGGGGGCGGAGCUGGACCAGCAGAGAGUGCAGCGCGAGAUCCAGAAGCUGCGGCAGCGAAUCAGCGAGGGCGACGACACCAGCCGGACGCACUCCAUCAGCAGCGACGAGCGGGCGGGUCACGGCGGAGGAUGAAAAGCUCCCGAACAUUAAUCCGAGGAAGCUCAAGUAUCAGAGAGCCAGAGGGUCUAGCUUCCAGCAUUCCCUGGAGUUUGAGGCAGUCUGUCCUAAUGUCCACAAAAACAUGUCAGAGGAACCAGAACGUGGUCUCGUACAGAUGCAAAGAGAAGAAACGCAAAAGUCUACAGACAUUGAAAAAGUGGAAGUUCCUGAAAACAAUGACCUCAGCAAAGGAGAAGUGGGCCGAGCAGUUUGUGACCUCAACUGUUUGAACGCCGAACACAAAAUUGAGCAAGAAGUGCACCCAGACCAGCACAGCAACAGAUCUGAUGGAAGUGAUUCCACCUGCUGUGUUGACGAUGAUCGUGGUGAAAAGCAGGAGGUUCACGAUGGACGCUCGUUUUCUAACUCGGAGGACAAGGUUGAAUCCCAAACAUGUGAUUCAGGGAGAGCAGGCGAGACGAAACCGCCCACUGAUCAUUCCUCAAAGUCACGCAGCUUUAACCGUGGUUACAUCAGUUCAGUGGUUCAGUGGUUACAAGUAAGUCAGCAGCAGAUGAUGGGAUCCUUUAUUGGUCAAACAAAACAAGAGCUGGAUGCAGAAGCAGAGAAAGUGACAGCCAAUAAGAGCUUUGUCUUCGGCUACUUUGCUGACAAACUGUCCGAGGUGUGUAAAGAUGCUGGUAGAAAGCUUCAGGGCACACGGGACAUCAUUCGAAACGUUCAAGCAGGCGACAUGAAGGUUGUCCUCCCUCAGUACGUGAGCACGAUAUCCAAAGAGCUGCCGCUGAUCCAUCAAACACAGCUUCACCAAGAGCCAAAUCCUUCAAUCGCAGCCGAGCACAAAGGCACUUCGGUAGAUCUGUCGAAGGAUUGUGUGCUGAGGCUCCCACAGAAUCGCGGAGCUCCGCCGAUCCCGAACAUCUCUGGUUGGCCUGAAGGAUCCGUGUCCUCUUCGAGAGUUACCAGUCCAGAAGUGUUUCAUCAGAGGCUGGUCGAGCUUCCGGCUGUUUUGUCUGAGCUACAGACAUUUUCAUCCCAGAGGAUCCUGGAAAAGUUGGAAUCUCUGGCUCCUCGGGAGAAUUUUGGCAAGGUUUUGAGUCUGUUUUGGCUCAGAGCGGCUAACUGUAAGAAACCCAUCCCAAAACCCGCCUGUCUGCUUUUGUCAGAGACGGACUUAACCAUUCUCUCAACGAGGACGGAUUCUACAAACAUGUUGACUAUUUUUCACCGCUUUAAACUCCAAGAAAUCCGGGAAGUCCAGAUAAGUCUGGCAGGGCAGCACAUCCGCCUAACAGGCUGCACCGAAGACACCGUCCUAGCUAUCUUCACGUACAGCAAAGAGCUUACUCAGGACUUCUGCAGGGCUCUGCUGAAUGCUCUCUUUCCUGAGAAGAUCCCUGAAGAGACCGAACGUCAGCCGUUGCUCUCUGCCGACCUAAUGGUAAUCUCUCUGGAUUGGACUUCAAGAGUUCCUGACGUCAUCCUUGACAGCGGGCUUCACAUCACUUCCAGAUUUAAGCGCGUCCUCGCCGACUUGCUCUACAUCAUCCACGGGAACAUGGAUGGUCCCUUCAAACCUUCGCUUGCUAAUGUCCGUCCCCUGCUCUACACCAGCGUCAAAGUCAAGAACUCUACCUGUGUGCACGGGGACACCAUCUCCCAGUUCCUCCUGACGGACACCCACGUAGCUCUUCUCCGAGAGGAUGGCGUCUUUCAUCCAGUGCCGCGGGGAUCCAGUCUGGUCCCCACCCACCCACAGUUUCAAGGAGUCAAACUCCGCAAGCGUUCUGACAUCAGGUGCCUGCUCGUGAAGAAGACCGACACCUGCGUGGUGGUAGACUUUGUUUUUAUGAAGCCCAAAUCGCAAGCCGUGAAGAGAGAGGUGCAGUUCAGACGUGGCGCGGCUGACCUUCCUUCUGAUCGAGGCCCGUGUGAAUCCUGGAAAUUAUGCUUUGGCUGCUCCUCAGAAGCUCAGACUCUGAUUAAUCACCUGUGCACCUGAAGCCCA